AUGGACGACGACACCGAGGCCUUCGUCCUGCUCCUCCUCGCCGACAGCAGCCUCCCCACCGGCUCGUUCGUCGCGUCUGCCGGCCUCGAGUCGUACGUCGCGCACGGCUUUGCCUCCUCCGCCCCCCCUUUGCAUUCCGCGACCAACUUCAUCCGCGACAGUCUCGCGUCCUAUGCGCGGAGCGCCCUGCCUUUCGUCCAUGACGCCCAUCGCGUGGUCGCGUCCCUCGGCUCACGGAAUGGCACAGUACACGAUUCUGAUAUCGCCCAAGCAAUCGAGCACCUCAGGACGCUUGACGAUUUGUACGAGAGCAUGACAUUGAACCACGUCGCGAGGAGAGCAUCCAAGACCCAAGGGGUCGCCCUCCUCACCUUGUACUCCAAGGGCUUUUCCAAACCCUCCCUAUCCCAGUUCACAACAGCCCAGGAUAGCACCCAAGAAGAGAAACACGCCGCAGCCAUGCUAAAGCUCGUGGACCGCUACAAGCUCGCAAUCAGGCGCGAAGAAACGCAGGGGCAUCUCCCCACCUGCUGGGCCGUCCUGACCGCCGCGCUCGGGCUAUCUCUCGAACGCAGUCGAUUCCUGCAUCUCUUCCUGCACGCGCGCUCGCUCCUCUCCGCCUCCGUGCGUCUGAACACGCUCGGGCCGUACGCCGCCCAGCAGCUGCUCCUGCACGCCGUGCGUCCGCUCGUCCAAGCCGAAGCCAACAACUGCAAGGCCCUGCGCACCGGGUGCAUCGAUCCCUCACCAAACGACUUCAACUUCGACGAUACAGUCCACGGCCCCGCCGUCACCUGGCCCCUCGGCGAGAUCCUCGCGGCACGCCACGACCUGCAGCACUCUCGCAUUUUCAACAGCUAG